CAGGUGGCUGCUCGGCCGGUUGCAGGUGCGGCUCCUCUCGGUGGAGGAGGGCCCUGAGCAGGCGGGGCCAGGCGGGAGCGCCUCUGCCAUUGGCCCAGCCCAGGCUGCACCUGCCCGGAGCCGGCAGGCCCUUAGCACAAAGUCCGGGGGCCCAGGCCAAGGAGGCAGCAGUCCGUGGCAGCGCAGGUGGGUCCCCGCCCUCGGCCAGGCAAGAUGCCCCUGGGGCUGCGGAGAAAAAAGAAAUUCACUACCAAGGAGACCUCCCGGCUGGUGGAGGGCGAGCAGACGAAUGCGGCCGGCGGCAGCCUCCCCAGCCUCCCGGCGCCCACCUGCAGGCUGGUUUUCCACACGCAGCUGGCCCACGGCAGCGCCACGGGCAGAGUGGAGAACUUCUCCAACAUCCAGGAGCUCUACGCCAAGAUCGCGGGCGUGUUUGAGAUUUCGCCGUCGGAGAUCUUAUAUUGCACUUUAAAUACACCUAAAGUUGACAUGGGAAAACUCUUAGGAGCACAGAUAGGUCUUGAAGAUUUCAUAUUUGCCCAUGUGAAAGGGAUCAAAAAAGAAGUGAAUGUGUAUAAAUCUGAGGAUUCACUUGGUCUCACCAUUACAGAUAAUGGUGCUGGCUAUGCUUUUAUAAAGAGAAUUAAAGAUGGCAGCAUAGUUGACUCAGUUAAAACAAUCUGUGUGGGGGAUCACAUUGAAGCCAUCAAUGGAGAAACUAUCGUUGGGUGGCGUCACUUUGAUGUUGCUAAGAAGUUAAAGGAAUUAAAAAAAGAGGAACUCUUUACCUUGAAGUUAAUAGAACCUAAGAGGGCUUUUGACAUGGAGCCCCGGUCAAAAGCUGGAAAGUCAUCAACAGGAAGGAUUGGUACUGGAAGGGAGACACUUCGCCUGAGAUCAAAAGGUCCUGCCACUGUGGAAGAAGUGCCCUCUGAAACCAAAGCAAAGGUGAUUGAAAAGGUUGAUGAUCUUCUUGAAUUGUACAUGGGAAUUCGGGAUAUCGAUUUAGCUACUACAAUGUUUGAAGCUGGAAAGGACAAAGGUAAUCCAGAUAAAUUUGCUGUGGCACUUGAUGAAACCCUUGGAGACUUUGCGUUCCCAGAUGAAUUUGUCUUUGAUGUUUGGAGAGUCAUUGGUGAUGCCAAACAAGGAUGAUUAUGAUGUGAAAGAUCGUCUCUGGAGGAAUGAACCACUGUUCCUUAAAAAAAAAAAAAAAAGUUAAAAUCUUCUUUUAGACACUGUUAUGGACUCUGGCUUGUUUUAUAUAUAUGAAUACAUUCUUUUGAAAUAUAAUUUUGAUUUCUGGGCACUUUUUAAUGCAGUUGCAUAUGUAGUAUGCUUAAGAUAAAUUACCUAAAACGUGAUCAAUUUUAAUACUCAUUUAAAAGCUUUUUAAAGUUAGUUUUAGAGAGUAUUUCUAGAUAGGUUAUUUUGUUCCCCAUUGACAGCCAUGUUUUGUUUUCCACGUGUAAGUAGUUGAUUGCAAUCGCCUUGUAGUUCUUUUGCAAAAUCUUAAUGCAGUGAAAACGAGGAUUGGAGUAUAAUUUGCCUCAUAACAUCUUCAUUUUGUUAUACUAGCUUGAACAGGAUAUGUUCGUGACAUGAAAUACUAAUUAUGCCUACUAGAGGUCUAGAAACAUUUUUUUAAAAAAAUCCACUGAAUAAGGGGAGGAAGAUUCCUAUAGCCUGUUGAUGUCUAUGGCUUACUUACUCUCUUUGUAAAACAAGGAUUGAUUGACUUUUAUUUUUUGCUUCUUUGUAAUUGCUUCCUUGCUUCUUAAACAUGUUGAAAUCUAUUGUGUUGUGUAUGUAUUUGCACGUGUAGAAGAAGGUGAAAAAGAGGCAGAUACGGUAGAAACCACUUAUAUUUGAUUUUUCUUUUUUUAGCAGUUCUUACAACACUAUUUCUUUUCCAUCCAUACCUACUGUUAUGUUACCCUUUAUAAGCAUUCCAGGGAAAGUUUUUAUAGUCUUUGUAGAACUUUUCUUUUGAAAGAUGUUUACUCAGAAAAUAACUAUGUUUGAGAACAUUUUUGGGGGUUAAAGAGCAACAGUUUUAAGCCUCCUGAACUUAAAAGGAGAUACUAUCAGCAGUCGAUUUCCCCCUAGGGAAAAUGCAGGAGGAAGGGAAAAUUGAGAAAAUAUAUUAGCUUAUUAUUUUAGAGCUCUAAUGCACUCUCUCUGAAACCUUACAUGAUUGAGAAAAUUGAGGGUAAAUGACUGUUUUAUCACUCUUACUUGACAUUUUACAGAUGUUAAGAGAAAUGGAAAUGAAUGGUUUCAACAUAGAUCGUUUAAUAAGGCAGAGCAUGGUGUGACCAAGCGUUCUUCUAAAGUGUUAGAUGGAAAAUGCUGCAUGCUGCCGUGGUAAUCAGAAAUAAUAACCUGUGAGGGGUGUAUUCUAGGAAAUCAGAAGUACUUCCCUUUUCAUGCUGGGUUGAUGCUUAGAUAACUCUUGUUUUCUGGUGCAACUUCACUUUUACUGCUUUCCGCUCUCUUUUUUUCAAUAAAUUUAAUGCUAUGAA